AUGACAUCACGGGCAUCUCCUCCAUCAGCCACCCUGAGCCUGCUGGAGUCGGAUGAGCAGCAACCGAAGGGGGAUGAUCACCUGAGUCCCUUCUCUCUGCCAUGGGCGCUCAAUCGCCAACGUCCAAAACAACGCCAUGGAAAAAGGACCCAAGCAGCCAGUAAGAUCCAGGCCUUGUGGCGCGGAUUCCUGGUGAGGCAAACACUGCUGGUUGCUGCCCUCAAUGCCUGGGUGAUUCAGUGCUGGUGGAGGAACAUCCUGCACAAGCAGCUUCUUAAACGGCGGCUGGCGCUGCUGAGGAUAUACGUCAUUGAGGAAGAGGCGGCAGUCAGGCUCCAGGCCUGGGUUCGCAUGUGGCAGUGCCGUCGUUAUUUCAGUCAAAUGUGCAACACGCUCUGUGUGGUCCAGACCCUCGAGAACAGCAUUACCUUCCGGAACGAUGACAUUUAUCAGGUUCAAUAUGGAGAAUAUGGAGUUGUUUCCAAGCAGCCUGAGUUCCACAUCGAAAUCCUAUCCCUCUAA